UUUUUUAAUUUUUUUAACUUUCUUUUUAAAAGCUUUAUGAGGAUUUGGCACAGACGCAGUCUUAAAGCAGAUUUGAAUGAAAGUUUGGAUAUGAGAAGAGGACAGGAUAUGGAAGAGGAAGAAGAUGACGAAGAUUUUGAUGAUAAUGAAGAGGCAGUGCAUUUGAGAGGACGUUAUUUUCCUAAUCUUUUGAGAUCGGAGGAUGAUGAAGAAAAUGAAAGGACGAGGAAUCGGCGGGCAAAUAAGAUGGUUAAUAAUAGCUGGCCUCCAAUGACAAGCAAUACUUUUGAACAGUAUGAGGUUGAGGAAGAAUCAGAUGAAGAAGACGACGAAGAUUUUAACAAUUUUCAAUCACAUCGUCAAUCACGAGUAAUUGGAUGGCGUAUACCAAAUAAACAGGAAAGGACGCAGAGUCGAUCAACGAGUUCUCCCCGAAGGCGUAGACGGAGUAUUGGUACCUAUGGACGAACGGAAUUUGAUUCGGAACAGAAUGGAUUUUUUACAGCCUUUAACCUCCUCAUGUUUGCCUGCCUUAUUUUAUUAUUGAUUUUCUUGUUUUACUAUGUUCUACCAAAUUAUUUUUCUUAUGGUCGUUUGAGUCCUAAACAAAGAUAUACAAAUUUUCGCAAGGAUUUGACUGAAUAUUUUAGCGAAGAAUUUGACGAGGGUUCAAACUCUAAAACAUUCAAAAUUCUUUCUUAUAUUGCUGCAAAAAUUUCUGAACGAGAUGAGCUUCAAUUAAGUUGUAAUGAUAGAAGAUUGAGUCCUCUGACUUUGUUGAUAGCUGAUUCUUUUUCUGAUAACAAGGCAAAUUUUUUGGCUGGAAAUUUUUCUGAUAUUUUGCAAAGACAUUGGCCAUACAGAAUUUUCAAACAUCAUCUCAAUCCAAACAUAACAAGAAUUCAACUUGAUCGGGGUAUACUUUCUCCUGUUAUUGACGAAAAACAAUCUACAACAUUUGCACUUUCUUUGGAAGGAUUGGAAAAAUUAAGUGAUAAAGCGCCUCUUUUUCUUCAUUCACUUGCUGACCCAGAAAGUUCUCCUCUACUUUUUACUCAACAUAAUGUGCUUAUUAUUGGAACUCUUAAAUUAUUGGAAAAUGAAGAAACGCAAUUGGGAAAUGCUCAAACAAGUUGUGAUGAGCGGAUAGAAAAGUCAUUAAUGCAUUCAUGGAAAUCUGAUGCUCUUUCUGAGGACCAAAUUCAUCCUAUUAUUGCUCGGAUAAGUGCUCAUUCUGUCUGCCUAGACUAA